AUGGAGCAUUCUCAUUCUCAGCGUGUUUCGUAUGAUAUGCCACAAAAACAGCUAGACUAUUUUAGCUCACGAGCAAGAACCUUUCCCGCCUUUGAGCAAUCGGCGCAGGCGAAUCAUUUGUACGACAAACCGACGUUCGGGCGUAUUCACAAAAUACACCAUCGUUUUCAGCAACAGCCAGAAAGCCAAGAAAUCGAGCACACUGCAGUCGCACAACAGGGUCGCCUUUCUGAGAGGUAUCAGCUGUAUUUUGGUGAGCAUAUACCAGUGGAUAGCAAGAGUCACUCGUUGAUUGCAGACAGUACUGCCUCUCGGUCUUAUCAGACAGAGGAAUCUCAGUUCCAUAAAGCCCCAGCACCAAAGGCAGCAUCACAAAAGCCACCGUCAGAGGUUUCAUCGCAUGCACAAUCUACCCGGCAUAGGUACUUCUCGGUAGAACCGAAGAAGUCAUCGCAUCCGCGCACACACCGAGAAGCUGUAGUGAACACGAUCGACUUUAACUCGAGCUACAAUGCACUGCCUAGCUGGCACAGUAGUAUUUCGCAAGAGCAAUCCACUAACAACAUGAAUCCUGCACACGGAAAUAUGACGCAGCAAACUGAAGAUCAACCAUGGACAUCGAAAAGAGGCUAUAAGCAGACUCGUGGUGACCACCAAGCGCCGAUCGCUGAACUUUUUGCUUCUCGCAGCACCCUCGUUUCCCAUGACCCGCGUUCUGAAAUGAGCGCUAGUUUCCGAUCACAACACCACGAGGCAUUGGCGAAACCACCAGCGCAGGAGAGGCCAGCAGCGGCUUUGUCGUAUGUACCACAGCAGAUGGGGAGAAUCCAUCCUAUGCGCAAGGCGCUGGAUCGGCAAGAGCCCGACUAUUCAGCACGGCACCCAGCAGCACGAGGGCAGGCGGACGAGUAUGAGCGCAUGCGUGACGAAGAAGAAAACUGCACGUUUCAACCGAGCAUAGUCAACCCUUCUCGGCCACGAAAAGGCAACGAUCAAGGGCCUACGUACUGCGAGAGCGAGAGAACGAAUCUACAGCACGCAAGUCGUGGUGACUAUGAGCAAGACUUAUACAAUAAAAUGCAUGGUGAUGCCGACACCGCUAAGCGCCGCAAAGACAGCCGCCGUGCUCAAAAAGAAAUCGAUGACGCUGAAAUCGAACGAAAUACUAGGCGCGGGCCACGCUCGACCUUCGCGAAUCCGCGCCGCACGGCGGUGGACUGUGAUACUGAUCCAGAAGAAGUUUUCGUGCGGUUGUACGAGGAUGCGCAGCGCUACAAUAAGGAAAAGUCUGAACAAGAGCGACUUAUCGAGCUGAAGCGCCAGCAAGAGCUUCACGAUGCGCCUUAUGAAUUGAAGAAGGGAAGCAAACACAAAGAAGGUACACUGGACAACGACAACGAGGGCGCUGUUAGUGGGAAUGAAAAGCCAGCUGAAGGAAAGCCAACCUCUUCUAUUGCUCGCAAGAGCGCCUCUGAGAUUCGCCAAUUUUUCGAGCGCCUCUCUCAACCAAAUAGCAUCGCAAUCAAGUUCGAAAAGCUAAAGGAGCAGGCUGAACAAGAAAAGCGUGAGAAAGAGGAAAAGGAAGCUGAAUCCAAGAAAAAUGAAAUUGAGAAAAUUGCUCGCUACAAGUGGAUGAUUCCGGCCAAGGGCUUCACCUUCUCUGACUUGCAAUCUCAUAAUGCUAUCUACUCAUCAUAG